CAAGUAGACUGGUAUAUUUGUAUUUCGUUCUUCCUGAUGCGACGCCGGAAUUUCAUGUACAAAAGUAGAAGGAGAACAUUGCUGAAAGACGAGCACUAGACUACAUUGGCACUAACUACACGUGCGAGCGGCCGCGAGAAGCCCUUGGUUGUCGCGACACGUUUCUUCAUGCGAGAGGGCGCCACCAGCUUUUGUUUCUAGCGGACUCGGAGACUCUUUCGAUGGACGAGGUUGUGACUCAUACAUGCACUUAGCAGCACGUUGAUCUAUUGCGCGACCACGACAGAUUUUCUAGUUCUCCGUGCAACGGUAAUAGUUGAGAGCGUGGCAACACUAUUUCUGAGCAAUUCAGACGGGAAUUCUCACGUGUACGACAGCAGCGCCGGGAAAUAUUCUUCAAAUCCGAAACUUGAAAUAAAAUCACAAUGAUGACCGGAGCUUCAGGCUUCAACCUGUUCCGGCUGAGCAGGGCCACGCGGUUUGUAGCCGCCAGCGGCCUACUCCUCGCCGCAUCUCCACGGUUCGUCACCGCAGAUGCGGGCGACGCAGAAGCCGCCGGCAGCGCCGAAUACGACGCCGUCGGGAAACCGAAAGAGGAGGGAGUCCGGUUUUUGGAGGACAAGGGAAAGGAAUAUCGGGUGUAGAAAUGUCCCCGCGGCCCCAGUAGAUUUGGCAUCGCAAUUUUGAUGUUCAGGGCGUUUUUCAUAAUGUCGUUGCUUCCACUGAGAAGAAUUAAUUUUCUCACCGCGUUCAUCUUUCGGAGUUCGAGUUUCUCAUGCUCGAAUGAGGAUAUGAGCAGGUGGGUUAGUGGAGAUGUGGCGAAGCCCGCCACACAAGACUGAGCUAUGGCAUGACAGAGAAAUGCGUGACUCCUAAAUAAACUUACGCAUUUAUUGUCGGGGAGAGAUCUUCCCACCUUGAUGUUGACUAGGGGCUCGUGGGAACGGUGCUUUUUCUCACAAUAUGGAAAGCGGAGUGAUCACACUGCCUUCUGGGCUGAUGUACAAGGUGCUCAAGAAAGGCGAAGGCACCAUGCACCCGAAAGUCGACACGCCGUGCUCGUUAUCACACAGCAAAGGCUGAAUGAUGCUACCCAUGCGACUAGCAGAAAGACCUUGUAAUAAUUCACCCUCAUGCACCAGCAUUAUGCUGUAGAUACUUAUAUCUUAAAAGCAUGAUCAAGAUGCAAGACAAUACGAUACCUGGACGAUGCAAUCGCAUCACAGAAGCUCUCUACUUGUGCAGCUGGAGUUGUUUAGGAACUGUUCAAAUUCACCAAUAAAUUUUGGUUGUACAUAACAACAAAGUUGUUGCUGCUAGUUAAUAUGUGAAGGUAUUUGAUACCCCCCUUUUUUCCAUCUGAUACCCGUGCCAUUACAAGGGAACCCUGAUCAACGGGGACAAGUUUGACAGCAGUUACGACCGCGGCCAACCGACGACGUUUGCGCCGAACCAGGUUCGUGAUAGUCGGCUUGUCGCCGUCUACUUGAUUCCGUUCGUUGUAGUUUCUUUUUGAUGUGGAAGUAGGUUUUUUUGGCGCAUUUUGCGAAACUAUAUGUUGUGAAUUGAAAAUAAGUUCUAUCUUGAACAUGAAAUUCAGGUGAUCCGAGGGUGGACCGAGGCGAUGCAGCUGAUGGUGGAGGGGGACAAGUGGGAAAUGUACAUCCCCUCGGACCUGGCCUACGGCGCAGGGGGCUCCCCGCCAAAGAUCCCCGGCGAUUCCACGCUGAUUUUCCAAAUGGAAAUCAUGGCCAUCAACGGCGAGGGCACACCGGUAAGCAAGACUACGCAAAAUUUGUUGCAAAGGGAUAGGUACGCACAGGGAAAAAACACACACGACCGCCUCCAAUGCGUGGCGCCGCUUGCAUGGAGCAUAUAUGUAGUAGAGUGCAUUAUAAUUCUUGGCACACAGCACGCGUCUCUGUUUACUGCAUGACGCAUCGAGUUUCAGUUUGGAGCUGCAUUCAUGGUUUAAUGCGGUGAAGUCGUUUGUGUUUCCAGCGCAAUACAAGUUCCUUAAAUCGGAAUCGUCACCGUGUGCCGAUUGCGAGCGCUAGCGGCGGGAAAUCCUUCUUGGCUGAUUUGUCGUAAGCCUGGCACCUGCAAGUAUGUACAAAAAUGUGUACCUGUAGUUGUACAUGACCGGAGGGAAACGGAGCCGUCGGUAGUUUCCCGAAGGAAAUGUCGAAAAGUUUCGUAUCUCCGCGUAGUCGCGUUUCAUUUACUUAUCAUGAUGGCCCAAAUAAAACGUGGGCGCUCCUACUUCUGCCGCUUUUUCUAUUCGAAAAGAAGUAAUACUUCGCACAACAACUAGCAAAAGAUUUGACUUACACGAAAGUGAAGACUCUAUCAUGAUGUUGAGACAAGCAUCAAAUGGAAAGAUCACUCUUUAUCAACCAGGAGUGGCUGCUUUUUUCCGGCCACCAUGUUUCGACACACAAGAACAAAUUUUGCACAAGAAGUAUGUAGUGUGAGGCAAGCGGUGAAGAGGCAAAUUUGGAAGUCCUUGCAACGCUCGAAAGUGAACAACUGCUGUUCAACCUUGAGCGCAAUGGACAAAACAAAGCGCAACGAACCCACCCAGGCCAUUAGCUUUUAGUAAGCUUGUAGAUGACCAGUAGUAAGUGGUAGGAGUCAACAUCCAUUGGCCGAUCUUUUUUUUGUUUUUUCUCGGUGAAGUGGGCGCUAUCCACCUCUACCUUCAACGAAAAAGUUCUCCGGAGGAGGGCCAUUCAUUGUCGUAUUCUAUCUGUCAAACUCAACAUCAAUAAGGCCAAUCGCUGUGACGCGCAGACGCUCGAGGGUUGCGACGAACGGCAAACCAAGUACAUCGAAAAGCAGAAGGCCAAAACCCCGGAUAUCAGAUUCUCAAACGCUACAUUCUCAACUGUUACAUGAUUUGCCAUGCAGAGUGUAGUCCAUGAGCAUGAACGCUCGCGACCAAGCCACCUCGCGUGACAAGUUUGCGACGCGCUAAAAAGCAUGGAAAGCUGCGCCAGGCUUUCUGCAGUGCAAAACGCGCAAGCUUCCUUCUCUCGCUUUUCCUAUUCUUGCAUCGGAAACGGAUGCAACAGUUGAGAAGGUAACGCUUGAGAAUCCCAUUCGGGAGGAGGUGCAGUCGGAGCUAGACCGCGCGGGAAAAAUGUAUGCCGACAACAUGCAGAGCAAAAACCUGACCCGCAAGAUAUGCUGCGUUAAAAACCUGUACGCAUCUUCGCUCAGACUACUUCUCGUGCAAGUGUCUCGCAUGCCAAGAACAUGUGUGGUCUCAUGCUCAGGAGCGCGGGCCCUGUUGAGGAGCAUUUUCUAGUGCAGCUGUAUCGGAAUUUAUCGUCAUGCUCCAAUCAGGAUUGGGUACUAUAAUCCGAUGUGUUGUAUGCGACUGCGCACGCAGGUACUGACACUGAGACAGACGAGUACAAUAUCAACUGCAAGUUCUUGCAAGUCUCGACUGAGGGGUGGGUACAUGAUUUUUACACAGGAUACGAGGCCCGGCAGUGGCUGGAGGUGCGGCUGGCUAUUUUGACCCAGCUAGUGAAAGGAUCGAAGAAGGAGAAGGAGGAGCUCUAAGGGAGAUGCAGCGUUAGAAAUACGGUGCGACACCAGGAUACGUCGACCCGGCGCUCUUCAGAGGCUAGAAAUAACAUGCUCAUCCGAUGAAUAAGAAACAACAAUUUUUUUUUUUUUGCACUUCAGCUUCCUAGAACUUCGAGGCAGAGCGUGCUCCACAAACCGUUUUUUGAAAGUGAAAGCAUCACCACAGUAAGUACCGCAGCACGACUAAGCGAAAGCACGAUCACGAUCAAGGACGAAGAUCUCGGAGGGCAAAGCUUUUUUUCGGCUCCACAUCGAGACGGACACUGUUCGUUGGCAGUCGUUUGAGUACCUAAGUGCAUUCCCCUUCUUCUCGCCGAUAUAGGUGUCGGUUCUCGUGUGCUUUCCAAACAAAAGCUGUGUGCUGGCCUCAUCUCUAUUCUUCCAUUCAAACUUCGUAUGAG